GAACCUUGCCGGAGAGCGCGCGCCUCACUCUCCCAAACCUGGUUUGGAUAAACUCCGAGUGUGCUGCUGGCUGGGCUGCCUCUGAAACACAAGAACAAUGGGUUGGCAGGAGCGAGGAUGGCUCGUCUGUGCCACAUUUGUUGCCUUUGUGUCUUCUGCGCAAAGCAUAACCCGUGAGUUGUUGUUUCCAUUCGACCAAAGCGCAGGAGACCAGUUACUGGAAGCGGGCACCGACCUCACGCACCCACUGGACCUGGACAAGCCGGUGUUUUUCUAUGAUGGCACAUUUGACAGCAUCUUUAUCAACACCAAUGGUUUUGUUGCCAUGACGGAGCCAUCAAGUGAGGAAACAUAUCUUGGCAAAAUGCCCCCAAAAUUCGGUAUGAUUGCAGCUUUGCAAGGAGACUUGGACACAAGCGACGGCGUGGGGAGAGUUUCCUUCCGUCAAGACAGCAGUCCUGACAUUCUUCGGCUAGCAGCUGAGCACAUCAACAGGGCUUUCCCAGCAGGUGAUGAGGUAGAUCCCACUCAUGCAGUGGUGAUCACCUGGGCAAACAUUGCCCGCCAUGAACCCGAAAGCAACAGUACGGCUGAAACGAGAAACACCUUUCAGCUGGUGAUUGCAUCCUUGGAGACCGCUUCAUACGCCAUUUUCCUGUACACAAGAGAUGGGAUACAGUAUUCCUCCACACCAGCAGGGGACUCUAGUGUGACCAUGCAUGCUGGUCUCAGUAAAGGCGAAGUGCGAGGUUUCCUGUGGUCUACUCAGGGUCCAUACUACCGCAUGACCACUGAUGACGAGGCAUCCGUCCAGGCGUUAUCAGAGGAGACCAACUCUGGCAAGCAUGGAGUGUGGGUGUACGAGAUUGGAACUUCUCCCCACUUUACUAACGUGGCUCCAGGUGAGGUGACUGAUGUGCCACCUGAAGACUCACAGCAGGGAGGGCCCGAGGGUGACGUGGAGGUCCCCGAAACAACACCUGGACAUCCUGGAGAACAGCAAGUGGAGUACCUUCCGUAUGAGCCAGAAGGGCAGAUCCUAGUCCACCCAGUUCAGUUCCAGCCACAGCAUGUGGACUUUCAGCCUGUGAACCCGGAAGUGGUGGUGGUGGAAGAUGGAGACAUAAAUGUGGACGUGUUCUCAUACAACCUCGGGACCUGCACUAACAACAGACAUAAGUGCUCCCCUUUUUCAGACUGUAAGGACUACUCAGGCGGAUACUGCUGUCACUGCAGGCCUGGAUUCUAUGGCAAUGGAAUACAGUGUGUGGCAGAGGGAAAGCCACAGAGGAUGAAUGGCAAAGUGUAUGGAAAAGUGUAUGUGGGCAACUCUCCUUCUCCACAGGAGUUUACUGGCAAUGAUCUCCACUCAUACGUCGUCGUGAAUGAUGGCCGUUCCUACGUAGCCAUCAGUGACAUCCCUUCUGAUAUUGGCCAUUCACUUCAGCCCCUCGCAACCCUCGGUGGUGCGAUCGGUUGGUCGUUUGCUUUGGAGAAACCCGGCUUCAAGAAUGGCUUCAGUCUUAUUGGGGGAGAGUUCACACGGCAGGUUGAGGUGAUCUUUCUGCCAGGAAACGAAAAGCUAACAAUCAGGCAGGAGUUCAAAGGCAUUGAUGAGCACGAUCACCUGGUGGUGAACACCAUGCUGGAUGGACGGAUCCCAGAGGUGCCUCGUGAUUCCGUCGUGCAGAUUGGUCCUUACUCCGAGAUCUACCAGUACAGCAGCAACUUAAUUACCUCAUCCUCCACUCGGGAUUACAUUGUAAUUCCGCCCAAUGGUUCCCCUGAGCCCAGAACCUAUCAAUGGCGUCAAACCAUCACUUUCCAGAGCUGCCAGUAUGAUGACUCUCCAAGAGAUAUGAGACCGACACAGCUGCUCAGUGUGGACCAGGUCUUUGUCUUGUACGACGUUAAUAAUCAACUCAUCCGGUUUGCCAUGAGCAACAAGAUCGGGGAUAUCAAUGGAGGACAACCAGAGGAGAAUCCAUGUUUCACUGGAAGACAUGGCUGUGACACCAAUGCUGUGUGCAGACCUGAACACGGGACUCAGUUCACCUGCGAGUGCGCUGCUGGUUUCAACGGUGAUGGACGCGCAUGUUAUGACAUUGAUGAGUGCAGAGAGACUCCGCACAUCUGCGGACCCCAUGCGAUCUGCAACAAUCAGCCCGGAACAUUUCGCUGUGAAUGUGAAGAUGGCUAUCAGUUCAGCAGUGAUGGGCGGACGUGUAUCCAGGUAAAUCAGCCUGUGGAUCACUGUGCGGCAGGCACGCACAGCUGCGACAUUCCUGAGCGCGCUCAGUGCAGCUACACCGGAGGCUCCACCUAUAUCUGCUCUUGCCUUCCAGGAUUCAUAGGAGAUGGUCGAAGCUGUCAAGACGUGGACGAGUGUCAGCCAGGCAGGUGUCAUCAGGACGCAGUCUGUUAUAACACCCAGGGAUCCUUUACCUGCCAGUGCAGGCCCGGUUACUAUGGCGAUGGCUUCUAUUGCUCCUCAGAGAGGACUAAAACACAAUGUGAGAGACACAGGGACAGUCUGCUGGAAGCGACAGAGUUUGGUCCACGAGGGCCCCGGCCUCCUGUUGGACAUUUUGUCCCCACAUGUGAUGAGAACGGGGCCUAUGAGCCAAUGCAGUGCCAUGGCAGCACAGGACAAUGCUGGUGUGUGGACCGCAACGGACAGGAGAUCCCUGGGACUCGGUCUGGUCCUGGCAGCGUACCAAUGUGUAUUGAUCAUGGUGUUGUGCCACCACAUGUGGGCCCCACCCCUCGACCCGAUGUCCAGCCCCUGCCUCCAGGAACCCACUUGCUUUUCACCCAGAGUGGCAGGAUAGAUCACGUCCCACUGGAUGGUCAGGAUAUGAAGAAGGAUGAUGCCAAGGCUGUCCUUCAUCUACCUGAGAAGGUCAUCAUCGGCGUGGCCUAUGACUGUGUGGAGAAAAUGGUCUACUGGACGGAAAUCACUUCUCCUUCAAUCAGCAAGGCCAACAUCCAUGGAGGCGAACCCAUUCUGGUCAUUAGAUCAGAUUUGGACAGUCCAGAGGGCAUUGCCAUCGACCACUUGGGACGGACUAUGUUCUGGACAGACUCUGUGAAGGACCACAUUGAGGUGGCCUCUCUAGAUGGAUCUCAGCGGCGUGUCAUUGUCGACUCUGAUCUCGUCAACCCCCGCGCUAUUAUCGCAGACCCCCCCAGUGGUAAUCUAUACUGGGCUGACUGGAAUCGAGAUGCCCCCAAAAUUGAGACUUCCUACAUGGAUGGAUCCAACAGAAGGGUGCUAGUAAAGGAAGAUCUGGGUCUACCAAACGGCUUGACCUAUGACCCUCAGAGUUUCCUGCUUUGUUGGGCAGAUGCAGGAACACACAAAAUGGAAUGUAUGAAUCCCAGUCAGGGGGAUCGCCGAAUGGUUUUGGAGGGGAUUCAGUACCCUUUUGGAAUAACAGCUUUUGGGAAGAACCUCUACUACACUGACUGGAAGAGGGAUGCCGUGGUUGCAGUGGACCGCUUUGCCGGCCGGGAAUCAGACGCCUUCAAACCUCAGAAACGCACCAAGCUAUAUGGAAUCACAACAGCCUACACUCAAUGUCCUUCGGGGCAAAACUACUGCGCCGUGAACAACGGCGGCUGCUCUCACCUCUGUUUAGCAACGCCGACUGGUCGCUCCUGCAAAUGUCCGGACAAGGCAACGAGCAGGAGCUGCGUGGAGCGAGACAGCAGCUAUUGAAACAAGGUGGUCACCGUCUGGAGAGAUGACCACAUUUUCCAUGGACGGCACAUCAGGAGCGACUCUACGUUACUAAACUAUAGCUGCUGAAAAUGCAACUGAAAACCAGAGGCGACUUCCUGUGCCUUUCAGUGUUAAGCUUAUCUUUACAUUCCCCGUUCCCUUUUAUAAUUCCACACUCGCCUUGCAAAAUUGUAAAUACAAACACUAGUAUUUUUACUUUUCCUGAGUGCACAUAAACUGAAACUAAAGCUCAAGGGAUAAAUAAUUUAAUGUGAAAGUCAUCACGGCACAGCAUGAUGUCAUCUUGUGUCAAUUGUGUUACACUGUGGCAUGUUUGGAUUCAAUCCAAGAGAUCUCGUCUGAGUUUUUUUUAGUGGACUUUUGUGCAAGCUGGAGGGAUGGUUUACAUGAUGGACAGCAAAUAAAGGUUUUUCUAACAUG